AUGGGUUCCCCAGAUUAUUCUCCCCUCCCUCGAGAAUCCACGGAUUCAGAUCGAUACAUUGCCCCAAGUUCAGAUGGAUAUCGAACAUCUGAGGAAUAUUCUCCUCGUACCUCCAAGAGUCGUUCUAUCACCAUCAACUAUGUACUUAUUCUCCGACUCAUGAACCUCGCAUUCGGAUCAGCCGCUUUCGCACUAUUCGUUACCUAUGGUCAUGAGAAGUAUAUCGCUGCUGAUGUCUUUCUCAUGCUCAGUUUGAUCUUCAAUACCGUUCGAAUCCUGCAUACAUUUGUUUCAUCAGUCUUUCAUGUCACUGUUGAAAUUAGCCGUGGUUCCUGGCAGAGUAAAUUAUCCGUUAGACCAAAUGGAGCUAAAGCAACAAAUGUUAUGGAUUUCUUGUUGGCUAGUGGUUUAGCAUUUUCAAUGAUUGGUGGGAUGGUGAACAACUACGAGAAUUAUCUAGUGGUUGAUGGGAUUGUAAUCGCCUUUUUCGCCAUGGCUAUACAAUACAUCAUAGCAUUACCGAUUCAAAAUCAAACUUUUAUGCUCAAAUUUCACUUCCACAGUGAAAGCGAUGAAAAUCGAGAGGAAUUGUUUGGUCGAAAUGAUGCUCAUCGAAUUAUUCUUAGAGACGACGGGAAUAGACAAACUGCUGAGAAUUUGGUAUGA